AGUUUCCUGCUGACGUUCUGUGAGCUGUUUCAUUUUAAUUGGGAUGUUUUGCCCAAACAGAAAAACUUCUGCAGCUUGUCUCAAAUGACCGCGCAUAACAAACGUUUGAGGUGUGCACGGCGCGUCCUGCUUAAUCAUUACAUCGCAUUUGCAGGCAUAGUGCGUUGUUGAUAAUGAGGACGUUACAAGAAAACAGUCUCGUGUAUUACUAACGAUAUAAACCAACCGUUCGCUUGACAACAACAGUUAUUUCCAGCGGCGACAGGUGUUUUUCUUUUCGAGAUGGCAGGAGGCAUUACAGAAACAGGGGAGCCUUACUCUCCAUUUGUUGGUCUGGUGUACAUGUUCAAUCUGAUUGUUGGCACCGGUGCCCUGACCAUGCCCAAGGCUUUUGCAGCAGCUGGUUGGGUGGUCAGCGUCUCCCUCAUUACCUUUUUGGCUUUUAUGAGUUUCAUGACCACCACAUUUGUGAUUGAAGCCAUGGCUGCUGCCAAUGCCCAGUUACGCUGGAAGAGGAGAGAACAGGAAGAGGUUAAUGACAGUGACUCCAGCUCUGACUAUUCUGAUGAUGAGGUCAUUAUACGGGGACGUUCUGAACCUGUGGAGACACGGCCAAUUCUGUCCGUCCAGCGUGCCGCGAAUAUAGACCACUUUGACAUUGUGGAGAGAGUCGAGAUGGGACAGAUGGCCUCCAUGUUUUUUAACAAAGUUGGUGUCAACAUGUUCUACAUCUGCAUCAUUGUGUACCUGUAUGGAGACCUGGCCAUUUAUGCCGCUGCGGUGCCUGUGUCACUGAUGGAGGUAGCAUGUGGGAAUCACUCGUGCAGUACCGGGAGUGUGAAAUACAAUGACACCGAGUCAUGCUGGGGCCCUGUAAGACGCAAAGACGCCUACCGAGUGUUUCUGGCCAUCUUCACAUUGUUGUUGGGACCCUUUACCUUUUUCAAUGCUCAGAAGACCAAAUACCUCCAGAUCCUCACCUCAUUAAUGAGAUGGAUUGCAUUCACCAUGAUGAUCAUCCUGGCGUUGAUCCGCAUUGGCAAGGGUCACGGCGAAGGCCAGCCGUCCGUGGCUCAGAUCUCAGGAGUGCCGAACCUCUUCGGGGUCUGCGUUUACUCGUUCAUGUGCCAGCACUCUCUGCCUUCACUCGUGACGCCCAUCUCCAACAAGCAGCGAAUGAGCAUCCUGGUCAUGGCCGACUACAUCCUCAUCCUGUGCUUCUACGCCCUGCUCUCCCUCACAGCCAUAUUCUGCUUCGACAGUUCUCUUCUGCGCGACAUGUACACAUUAAACUUCACCGACAACUGCGACGUUCUGGGCGUCCCAGUGCUGCGCUACUUCCUAGGCCUCUUUCCCGUUUUCACCAUCAGCACCAACUUUCCUAUAAUAGCCGUCACGCUGCGCAACAACUGGAAGACUCUUUUUCAUCGGGAUGGCGGCACGUACCCUUGGGUGGUGGACCGUGUUGUUUUCCCGCUCAUUACUCUGGUGCCACCCAUUAUCGUGGCCUUCUGUACUCACGAUCUGGAGUCACUCGUGGGCAUCACUGGAGCGUACGCUGGAACGGGCAUUCAGUACAUCAUCCCGGCCUUCCUGGUUUAUUUUAGCCGACGCCACUUAGAGCCUGUUUUAGGAAGGGAUGCUGUAAACAAGCACCGGUCACCUUUCCGACACACUUUCUGGGUUUGCUUUGUGGUGUUGUGGGCAACGUUCUGUUUAAUGUUUGUGACGGCUAAUAUCGUCCUUAACGAAACCAAGAACUGAGUUUAAAAGCAGACCUGUAUGUUCUUUUUCAAGUGAGAUUGUUUGCUAAUGCAUUAAAGCAAUGGAAUUAGCUGAAGUCUAAUUUAGUGUAAUUUAAUUGAAUGCGUAAAAGGGACCAAAGGAUGUUUUGGCAUUACUUAGGUUAGACAAACGUGAGAUUGUUUUUGGUCUCACAAACACACAGUCUGUCUUUUCGGUCUUAUUAGUCUCAUUAAAACAUGCCUGGGCCAUAUUUCAACAUUUGACCAUUUUUAUUAUGAGUAAAGAAGAAAAUUAAAUAUGAAACAAAUACAUAAAUUCGUAAAUAAGAACAUUUAAUAAAAGAUAUCAUGGUAAAAAAGACUUUUUUUCUGUAUAACUACGGUAAGAUGGAGUUCAUAGAUUAUAGUAAUUUAUUUUCAGUAUAUACAUGGAAUAAAAGUGAGAAAACAUUUUAAAUAUUAUAUUACGUAUGGAAAAAUAUUUAAAUGUUACAUAAUUUAACCAUAACCUGUUCUGUUUUUGCGCAUCUAUUUAAAAUUGGGAUGAAAUAUGGCCUUAAUGUUUUAUUAGAUUUUUUUUUUCAUUAAACCAGUCAUCGUUUAAUUUUUUUAUAUGCAAGAAACAAUGCUAAUUUUGUUUGUUUGUUUGUAUGUUUUUUGUUUGUUUUUUAUUUUGUUGUUGUCGUUCUUUUUGAAAAAAAACAAAAACAAAAAAAGAAGCCCAAACAAAUACACCAAAUAUAAAUGUCGAAUAUCCAUCAAGUCAAAGACAAACAGACUGACUAUAAACGUUCCUAGUUUUGGUCUUCCAAGAUUGUUAGCAUUUCACAGCUUGUAUUUGCGGCGUUUCUGCACUGACGGAUGGAGACACGAGCGCAACGCGGGUCUGAAUAAUGUUCCCAGACCUGGAGUUCAAUCUCAGUUCAUCAGCAGAUUGAUGGAGGCAUUGAAGGCUUCCAUAUGUUCUCCAUGUACUGACGUCCUACCCGGAGCUCAUGGGUGCUCAAACGGGCCCUUAGGGAAGCGGGAAGGGAAGACAAACUUGGCACUAAAUGGACACAUCUGCCUCGUGAUCUACAGAGACUGAUAUUUAUCAUUAUCAAAAUGGAGCACCUUACUGUGCCUCAUGUGGAUAUUAGCAUUAAUGUCACUUUAGUUCUCACGAAGCUGUCUUGAUUUUAACAGUAGGGAUAGUUCAACCAAAAAUGGCAUUAUUGACGCAUCCUUGACUUGUUCCAAAUCAGUUUGAGUAUUUUUUUUUUUCCUGUUGAACACAAAGAAGAUAUUUUGAAGAAAUCUGAAAACCUGUAACCAUUGACUUCCAUAGUGUUUUUACAAUUAUGAAUGUUAAUGGUUACAGCUUUCUAACAUUCUUCAAAAUAUCUUCAUUUGUGUUCAACAGAACAAAAAAUGGUUUGAAGCAAGUGAAUGAUGAGUAAAUUAUAGCAAAAAUUGCAUUUUUGGUAAACUCCCUUAAAUUCAAGUCUAAAUGUACGGCAGCUGAUUCCCACUCUGCCUUUAUUUUGUUUGUUUUUUCCUACUUCUUACUUUCUUAAAAGGAAUGGUUCAUUCAGUUUGUUAUUGUUUACUUACCCUCAUGUCCUUCCAGAUCCAUAAGAAUUUUGUUCCUCUUCCGAACACAAUUUAAAAAAAUAUUUUAUUCAAGUAUCAAGAUUUAGUCAAGAAAUUAAGAGAUUUCUGUCACCGAACAAAGCUUUCAUAACAUGAAAGACCGCAAAAAUAAUUCAUAUAAACCAAUGCUUUGUUUUUUUGUAAAGACUUGAUUGCUUAAGAUGUUUUUUUUUCUAGUAUAAACAUUGAUCAGCAAACAAUGUUUACAGUAUUGAAAUUUGGUCAUGCUUGCUUGAAGUGUGAGAACCAAUGAGGUAUGUUUUCGGUUAUCAUAUGCCACAUUUGAGCUUCUAAAAGAACCAAUUGGGUUUGUUUUUGUUCAAGCUUCUGCUCAUGUUUGCUGGUUAAUGUUUACAUGUGAAUAACAGCCUACAUUAAACCCAUACGUCAGAUAAAACAAUUGUCUCCUGAAGACAUGGAUUAAACUGCAUGAUAUAUUUUAAUUUAUUUUUGAUGCCUUUAUGACCAUUCAGAAUGUCAAUGUUUUGGAUAAACAUAAUCAAUCAAAGAACCGAAAUAUCUCAGAUUUGAUUUAAAAGAUUUUCAUUGUGUUUUGAAGAUGAUUGUCUUGUGGAUGAGUGAUGGCUCUUGUGGAAGUCUUAUGGGUUUGGAAUGUCUUGUUGUUUCAAAUGGUUUGACACUCUUUUUGAUAAAAUGUGAUGCGUUUUAACUCCUAUUGGCCAAAUAAUAUACAGUUUACUUUUGUACCCUAUUGUCAUAAAAAGUAGAAUUUCUCCUCCUUUUUUGGAGACAAAUCUUGUACUUUAACACAAAAAUACUAAGCCCUUUUCACCUCAUCUUUUAUGUACAGAAAUGAAAGGUCAUACAUGAUUAAAAUAACAUGUGGGUAAGUAAAUGAGUACAGUUUUAGCUGAACUGUUUCUUUAAACAGAAAGUUCACCCCCCAAAAAUAAAAGAAAUACUGUUAAUUUACUCACCCUAAGGCCAUUCAAGAUGUAGGUGACCUUUUUUUCAGUAUAACAUUACAGAUUUCUAGGAGUCCUUGAGGAUCCAUAACAUUUUAGCACACUUGAAACAGUGCUUUUAGGGGUAAAAAAAUACAUGAAAAGUAAAAUCUGACUCCUGCUAAUCUUUGUUCUGUACAAGAAACUAAAAACUAUUUCUUACAUUAUUAAUCCACGGCGUCUAUAAACUGAUUAUCUAGAGCACAAGAAUCCUGUUGCAUUAUUAUGCAUCUUAAAUGUUGAAAACUCUUUGUGUUGUUGUCUCUUAAAAGUAAAUCUGUCCUAUUAGGUAUUAAUUUUUGGUUUGACUGUAUAUGUUACUUUUUUUUGGGCCCUCAAAGUGCCAUAGCCAUUUACUUUCAUUUUACGAAUCACCAAAAACCACAGAUUUAGCUAAAAUCUCUUUUGUGUUCAACUGAAAAAAAGAGUCGCAUAAAUCUUGGACAAGCUUAGGGUGAGUAAACGAAAAGCAAAUGUACAUUUUUGGCUGAACUGUAACUUUAGUGUUUCUGUAGGUGUGUUUUUGUUCGGUCCAUCCUCAUAUCUGCCUCAGAUUUUAAAAUGGCAUCACAAAUCUGUCCCCGGUUUGUUGAUUUGACAUAUUUUCUGUUGUUUUCGUCUGUGUUUUAUGUCAACGAUUGAGUGGUUUGAUCAUCUAUGGCAUGUUUGAUACUGUAAACUGAUCACUGCUCUCUGUGAGAGUUCUGAGAGAAGCUGAUGUGCAUUAAUUUACACCUUUUCAGCUGACGAUUUAAAGGGAAACACUUCUUGUUUGUGGACAGAACGGACUUCUCCUUAUUCACUUCUUACUCUGAUGUGCUCCACAAACAAACUACUGACAGAAGUUUGGAUUUGGGACUCCCUAAAGCACAAAAGUGAGUUAUUUUAUUUUACAUGUUGUUAUAAUAUUACCCAAUGCUUCUGUGAAAUGUCCAUCUCUGUUUUCAGUGUAAAAAAUGUGCCUUCUUUCCAGGGAUCUCUCCGAUUUCACAGGAAUAAUCAUGUCUGUUUCUUUCUCUGUCAAAUGUCUUGAAUGUGUUUUCUCGUCACUUGCAUGUAAGUCACUUCAAAUUCUUGACAAUCACAUCCACCGAUGUCUCGUUAAAAUAAAAAUGGAUAUGCUCGUUUU